CCUCACAAAGGGAGUUGUCGCCUGAGAUGAAAACUUUUGUGGAUCAGUAUGGGCAAAGAGAUGAUGGAAAAAUAGGAAUUGUAGAGUUGGCUCAUGUGUUACCCACAGAAGAGAAUUUCCUGCUGCUCUUCCGAUGCCAGCAGCUGAAGUCCUGUGAGGAAUUCAUGAAGACUUGGAGAAAAUACGAUACUGAUCACAGUGGCUUCAUAGAAACUGAGGAACUUAAGAACUUUCUAAAGGACCUGCUAGAAAAAGCAAACAAGACUGUUGAUGACACAAAACUAGCUGAGUACACAGACCUUAUGCUGAAACUAUUUGAUUCAAAUAAUGAUGGGAAGCUGGAAUUAACUGAGAUGGCCAGGUUACUACCAGUGCAGGAGAAUUUUCUUCUUAAAUUUCAGGGAGUCAAAAUGUGUGGGAAAGAGUUCAAUAAGGCUUUUGAGUUAUAUGAUCAGGAUGGCAAUGGAUACAUAGAUGAAAAUGAACUGGAUGCUUUACUGAAAGAUCUGUGUGAGAAGAAUAAACAGGAUCUGGAUAUUAAUAAUAUUCCAACAUACAAGAAGAGCAUAAUGGCUUUGUCAGAUGGAGGGAAGCUGUACCGAACAGAUCUUGCUCUUAUUCUUUCUGCUGGGGACAACUAGAGUUUGUGGCUACAACCACUUGCUAGCGAUACAUUGUAUCUAAAAAAUAACUGUGCACUAUAAAGGAGUAGGCUGUAUUUUCUUUUAUAUCUGUAAAUUUCACUGCAUAUAGAUAAUUAUCCAGGAUAUGUGGCACAUUCUUUUCUGCUUGUUUCUAUACUGUUUGUAAUGUACAGUUUUUGUAACUAUAUGAAUGAAAAGGAGACAGUCUAUGCUUAGACCAGUUAGUACAGCCAAUUUUAAAAAUAACCUAACAUAUUCUUGUUUUCAUAAAUACAGUUGGACAUUAAUAUUUUCCUAAAAAUUUCACCAGGAAUAACCUCUAAAAUUCUAGUCUCUAAUGUGUAAAUGCACAUUUGUCACUGAAUAAGAUAAUAAUAAUGAUACAAUGAGCAUUCUUAGACAAUCAUGAAACUGUCCCACAAAAUACUUCUAAGCUAUUAUUUCCAACUAUUAGUAAAAAUGUCCUUUUAAAUCUAAAAUACCAACAUAUCAAUAAAUACUUAAUACUGGCUUUAUGAAGUUAACGGUCUCCCUAGAUUUUCAGUUUACUAAACAAUGACAUGUCUACUGCUUGAUCCAUAUUAAAUGGUUGGUUCAAGAUCUGGUAACAAGGGAAGGUAGUACCAGAUGACAUUAAAAACCUGUCUGACUCCACACCUAUAUUUCCAAUGAGUCUACUGUCAGAGAGUAUGGUCUUGAUCCAUUUUCUAAACCAUUUUCAUGUGUUUCCAAUUAUAAUUAUCCUAGAAAACUGCUGUCUUAUAUAGUGUGUGUAAUCUCCAAUUAAAUUUAAUAUGCUG